GACCGACGUGUAGUUGAAGGGAACGGCCAGAAACAGAGCAGCGGAUGAACAGAGGAUAGAUAAGAAGAAAAAAUGAGAAAGAACGACACGUGUCUUUCAGCUGUUGAGAUCUAUCGCCUAUAAUUUCUUCCUCGUACUCAUUCUGUUCUGCAGAAAGUGACAGAUUCAUCAGAGGUGAACAAUGGCGGAACAAGAGGUAGUGUUAUUGGACGAGUGGCUGAGCAUGUUGGGGUCGAGAGCCAAAAUAGCGUUGGCUGAGAAGGGAAUCAAAUACGAGUCAAGGGAAGAAGAUCUGAGCAACAAGAGCCCUAUGCUUCUGCAAAUGAACCCACUUCACAAGAAGAUCCCAGUUCUUAUUCACAAAGGCAAACCCAUUGGUGAAGUAAGGAUAUGGGCAGGGAAGAGAGAAGAACACGAAGAGGCAAAGAAGGAGAUAAUGGAGUGCUUGAAGCGAUUGGAAGAGACGCUUGGAGACAAAACUUUCUUUGGAGGUGAAACCUUUGGGUUUGUCAAUUCCACACUUUUUAGUGAACUACUAUAA